CUUUGUAGUCAAAGAAUUAAUUCCGGUCAGCGUAGGUGGCUUUCCAAACUUGAUCGGGUGUCGCUGGUUGUUGCUGUCCACACCCUCCCUGCAGCCGGCGGGAGGGCGAUAGGGGUGUGCCUCCGGCAGCGACUACUAGCUGUUCGGCCCCAAUCAACAUCCCGUGAGAACUCCUCCUCCUUCCGUUUCCUAAUUUUUCUUUUUUCCCGCAAGAGAAUUCGAGGCCAUUAUUCCCUCUGAACGAGCCACCAUCCUCAGCCACAGAACCAGGCUUCCCUCGGUCAUAUUGCCUGGCUACCACUAAGCUAUUGACAGAGUCUAAGUUGUGGACUCCCUCACACAAGUUGAAGAGCGGGUGACAUCUCAUUCUUUCCUGGGCUCCCUCUGUCAUUUACUCUUAUCUGGAAUCCCUUUGCGUCAAGUGAAAGAGCUAAACGAUUGCGGAAGUACCAAUCUUUCAUUUUCCUUUUUCUUAGCUUUGUGCAGAUCUGCUACUCUCCUUUUCUUCCCGUUGGAGGAUAUCAUGCAUUGUUUUCAAUCCUCAAACACGUUCGACAAAUAUUUUCCAGGACUUGGCCUGGGAAAAGAUGCUCCGCUCCUGAUAGAACCCCCACAUGACCUCUUCUCCCCGAACUUCUCCAUCUGCCUCUUGGUUUCUGAGAUUCUUCGACCCGAUGUUUCCAAAACCGCCAGUUGUUUGGUGGAAACGAAUUGUUUGGUCUAUUUUAGGACCCUUGCUAGUAGAGCAUCAAUUCCCACGACUCUGCAAUUUGCUUGUAUCCCGAGAAUUGGGAGCAUACGAACUCACUUUGCAGAUGCUGGUGAAGAGAAGGAAGAGGAGAAGUGUUGCAGUGAAAAAUUGGCUUCGGCGGAAGGGAAAGAUAAAAGGAAGAAUUCUUGGAAUGAUUUGCCCAAAUUCCUCCUGGCAGGUGCAGUGUCCACCAUCAUUUCCAGAAUUCAGGAAAAAGACCUGAAGCACAAGAAAAUCAGAAAGAUUUUCUGGACAUGCAUUGCACCCUUGGAGAGGUUAAAGCUAGAGUGCAUUGUCCAAGGAUCAAAGUAUUCAUGGGUGAAUAUACUUAGAUGCAUCUGGGUUACUGAAGGAUUAAGAGGGUUUUGGAAGGGCAAUGCUCUAAAUCUCUUCCGCAUGGUUCCCUUCAAAUCAAUCAACUUCAUAUGCUAUGACCUGUACCUGGCUAAUCUCCUCAGCGUUCCUGGAAAAGAAGGGAUCACAAAUCGUGAUAGACUCAUUGGUGGUGGCAUAUCGGGUAUUGUUGCAACCGUGCUCUGCAUUCCUCUUGACACAAUCCGAACAAGACUGGUAGCUCCAGGUGGCAAAGCUCUUGGAGGCGUGGCAGGUUGCUUCUGUCACAUGGUACAGAAGGAGGGCUUCCUUUCCCUCUACAAGGGACUUACUCCAGCACUUAUAAGCAUGGCUCCGGCCAGUGCCGUCUUUUAUGCAGCCUAUGACAUGCUCAAGAGUUCUUCUCUCUCUCACAAGAAGAAGAUGAGUGGAGGUGAGACUGAACUGGGACCCAUAAGGACCUUAAUAUACGGUGCCAUCGCUGGGGCCUGUGCAGAGACAGUAACAUACCCCUUGGAAGUCAUUAGGAGGAAGCUCCAGCUCCAACAGGCUGCCAAUUUUGGUCUGGCUUCAGCCUUCAUUCUGCAGAUAGAAAGCGAUGGAGUUGGAUCACUUUUUUCAGGCCUGUUUCCUAGCACACUUCAGGUAUUGCCAUCAGCAGCUUUCAGCUAUUUCUUCUACGAGACGAUGAAGUCAAUUCUGAAAAUCAACUAACUUCCAACAACUUCAUGUAUAAUAUUUGUCUGUUUACCUUGUUCCAUCGAUUGAUUGUUUACGAAACAUUGCAGUGAAUUUUUUCCCCCUGAUAAUAAGGGAGGCGGUAACCUGCCCCACGUUGCAGUGAAACUAGAUGAUGUUAAAAGUAUGCUUAAUUAUUCGACGCCAAUGUAGCAUACUUGCAGGCGGAAUUUCUAUUCCA